UGGGGAUGAAGAACUGUUUUCUACGAUAAGAGACCUGCAGAAUCAAGCACAGGGGCAUUGGGAAGGGAGGCGUUAGCCAUCUACCUUGAUUGGUUGGGACUAAGGGAAAAGACAAGAGAGACCUGAGAAUGGAGACCAUGAAUUAUAAAUAGAAGCAGACAUGAAGAUAAUCUUAAACCACCUGCUAAAGUGCUGAAUUGUCAGAAAUGUAAGGUAGCUCAGUAAAUGAACUGGUGCUCGUUGCUCUGUAUGAUUUAAACAUUCAGACCCCCAGAGGUCUUUUUAGUCAUCUGUUUGUUUUGUCUGUGGUUCAGCAGGUUUCCGUCUUCCGUUCCUCCAUUUCUUACCACAUGUUCACACUUCAUACCCAACCCUCUGCAUGGCCACAGAUGCAGUAUUUGUUAGUUCCGCAGUGGGAGCUUAGAUGUAUAUGUUCAAGCUAUUUCUGUUUGGUUAUUUGUUUUGCUGAUUUUUAAUGGUGGAGUAUACUGAAUUAACGUUUUCUUGUAGUAAAUAAAGAAUUAUAGGUUUGUGUAAAAACUGCUUUACUUUUUUUAUUUCUACAGAACAAGUGUGAGCAACAGAACCCUGGCUGAUGGAGAACAUAGUGCGCUUCUUAAUAAUCUUCUCCACUGUUUCCAGUGACAAUGACCUGGACUGGAACUUUUGUGGCACAUGGCGCCAUGGCAACAACCCCCUGAGCCUGAACCUCAACAUCUCUACUGGCUGUAAAGCAAUCUCCAUUUCAGCCAAUGAGAGCUUUCUGUCCAUCAACGGGCAGAUCACAGCCCAGUGUAGGAGAUCUGAAGUGAUUACCUUCAAGCACCUUGGAUAUGAAUCAGGAGGGGACAUCAAGUUCUGUCUGGACUGGGAGCCACUGCUGGACCUGUUAACUCUGACGGUAGGAAAGAAAAACCUUAUUCUGUGCUCACCUGCAAGCCUGCAGGAUUCCUGCUGUACUGACCUGGCUGCUGGCCCAAACACAGAAGGAGCAGACUACGGCAUCCUCAAUGCAGGAAUUAAAAAUGAUCCCAUCACCGACAAAAUACGGAUGGCCUUCAACUUUCAAGCACAUUCCACCAGCUACAAAGAAUUAUGUGAACAAGCCAAACGAGAAUCCGCCCCCAACAAGUGUGCUGAGCCUCCAUACACUUACAGAUCUGACGUGGAGCUGAAGGAAGAUUUCAAAGGCCACAGCGUCACAUCACCUGCCAUUGCUGGUAGAUCUGUCAAGUUCAAUACCACUGUCCACCUCCCUGCUGCCUUAAAACAAGUUGCGAAAAAUGUUAGCAAAGUAGCCUGCACUUUCUUCAAGAACAUCUCCGUGUUACCGGAGGCUCACAGAGAUGCCAAGCCUAUCAAUGAUGUCGUGCAAGUCACGGUGGAGAACGAGAUCAUCAAAGAUCUGUCUGAACCCAUUAGGAUUGAUUUUUAUCAUGAAGCCGUAUCUGAAAGCUAUUUAAAGAAAUGUGUUUCUUGGGACACUAGAAAAGAUUCUCUGCAGGUGAACUGGUUGAAGGAUGGAUGUGAGACACAACAGAAAGGGGAAAACCACACUGUGUGUCUGUGUAACCAUCUGACUUACUUCACUGUCCUGGUGGUGAGACACACAGCAGACUCUGCUUUUCCUACAACAACAAAAACAGACCUGAAGCCUCAUCCAGUGCGCCAGCCCCUGGAACUCACUGCCAUUCGAUAUGCAGGCUGUGCUGUAUCUAUGAUCAGUGGUUUUGCUCUUAUAAUUUAUCUCGGCAGAAAAAAGGUUUGGAGAACAAGAAAUGCUGUUUGUUGACAUCAUGCAGCACCCUUCAUCCUACUUGAGGAACAGGUACCUGGCCACAGGAAAGACUUCAGCUUCAAAUCAUAAUCCAAGUACUCCCACAGUUAACUAUGAAGCAGACUUCAUGGUUAACUGUGUAUGAUGCAGCAUUUUGGAGGCAAACAGUUUAUUUAUAUGUACAGCAGUAUGACUCUCUCUUUAUCUCCUACCAACUGUUGCACCUGUGUUUCACUUUGUAUCUCAUAUCCUGUAGAUGUUCUUGUACACUGUGUCAUCUUUAUGAAGUCUCACAUUCUAGCUUGUCACUUCAGUGUUUUCAGCAGACCAAAUCUAAGUGAGCUGCAAUUUUAUACUAGCUGGAACAGCUGAGGUAGCUUUUGUUGCACACAGGUUGAACAGCUGUGGUCAAAGGUUUUGGUUUAAGUGUCACUAA